AUAUUUUAUUACUUUGAGUGUGAAUUGUGCCCAUUUUGUUUUAAAAAUUCUAUAUUCUAAUCUAAAAACAAAUAGUGUAGUCCAUAAGCCUAGGUUUAUUUUUGGAAUUUAGUUUUAGAUUUAGGUUCUAAUAUUAUUGUAAAACAUGAUCUCUAUAGGUUUAUAUAUCCUUACAUAUUGUAAAACAAAGUAUUCUGCGGCGUCUGUCUAUCUGUUCGCAAUAGACUCAAAAAACUCAAUAAUAGGUACCAUCAGAGCAAAUGAAGAUAAAUACGAAAAUAACUAAUGAACGAACAGUUAAAAAGAACUAAAGUUGUCCUGCAAAUGAAUUUUUCGAAAUCAGUUCACGUUACAAAUCUCAGAAUGAAUCAUUUAGUAAUGACGUACAGCUGAUAUUAAUUCUAAAUUUACGUUUCAAAGACUAGAUGAAGUGUCGUGCGUGUAUAAAAUGGAAAUUAAAAAUCUUUUUGACAAAAAUGAAGAACUGUUAAUUCUUGAACUAUGAAAUUUAGACAUUUCGAGUUGAUGUCAUAGACUAAGUGGGAAAGCAGUGACAUGGCGAGGGCAGGCCUGAUGUUCGCUCUCUGCGUGGCAUUAUUUCCGCUACAUCGGGCAGACAAUCUUGAGCUCCUCCUAAGCACGUUACGGACGCACCAAAAAGCCGCGUGUGACGAGGACGUGGUGAGUCUCAUCUGUCCAAGAGGCACCACGAUCAGUAUACAAGUGGCGCAGUAUGGCGCUUCAGCGUCACAGAGCUCAUGUACCUCGGAACUUGCGGAAUACCAGCCGGUAGCUGUGGAAGUCAUUGGGGACACGUCUUGCACAUACUCAGCUGCGUUGCAGUAUUCCUUGUUGCAGACCGUGGUGGAGGCGUGCCAGAAGAAACGAACGUGCAAGUUCCACACGAGCCCUAAAGCCUUCGGAGUUGAUCCCUGCCCGGGGUCUAGAAGGUUCGUCGAAGUCGCCUACAAGUGUCGUCCUUACGAGUUCCGAAGCAAAGUGGGCUGUGAGAAUGAUGUCCUCCACCUGAGCUGCAACCCUCACUCGAGAGUCGCUAUAUACUCAGCUCAAUAUGGCAGGACAGAGUAUUCCAUACAGUGUCCACAGCCCAGGGGAAUCAAAGAGGAAACUUGCCUGGAGCCGUACGCGACUGAGAAAGCCAUGCACGAGUGCCACGGCAAGCGGCGGUGCGUGCUGGCUGCAGACAGCAACAUGUUCGGCAAGCCGUGCCGCGCCGGCAGCAGGACCUACCUCAAGGUCGUCUAUACUUGUGUGCCCCGGACAGUCCUUAAGGAGAGGUAUGAAAGUGCGCCCGAAGAGGACGAGGCUCACGAUUCUUCAAAUCCAGACCAUGAUGAUGUUGACGAAUCCAGCGACCGUUGGUGGGUGGAGUCGGCGGUGCCCCCCGCCCCCGCCGUGGCCGCGGUCCCCCCUCAGAGACCCUCGAUGUCCACCAGCCUCAACGCUAGUAGCACCAGGGAUGUCCCUUCUGCGUCUCCUCCGAAACACCAUCUAGCUAAUAACGAUCAAUUUGACGUCAUGUACUUUUACAUCAUCGCUGCGGCGUCAUUGGCGAUACUGAUCUGCAUUAUUGUGGCCAUCAUCCGAUGUGUCAUGCGCAAGCAAACCAACGAGCAACCCAAAGGUCCAGAUGUGUCGGCCACCACAGAAAUCCCGAACGGGUUCAACGACAGCAUAUCUGAGGUCGACAAUGAUAUCAACAUCACGAGCCUGUCCGGGCCAGUUGACACUGUAGACGCUGGAAUAAAGCCAGAUAUGCAAUUUACAAAUGUAGCUCUCAGCCCAAAGAUAAAUCGGUACGUCGGCCGUCCUGUACCUAACACUUAUCCUCACGUUAGCACUAAUAUGUACGGACAAGUUGCUGAAUUCCCCAUAGAAAUGCCACUACGGACUAUGCCACAUGGAACUCUCGGUCGGGGAGUGGUUAAAACACUACCACGAGUGCAAGUGCAAAACGAAACGGACCCUAAUACACGGAGUUUAUAUCGAUAUUCCAAUGCACAGUACUACUUCGGGUGACAAGAGCAGAAAGGACAGUGUGCCGAUGUAUCGAGGACUUAUUGUUUUUAGAUAGUAGAAAUGUAAAUAGUUCACGUAACUAAGAAUCGUAUUGCCCUACUUUUAAAUAUGGAAACUGUGAUAUUAAUUGAAUCUUUCCUAUUGUACUGUGAACAGUUUUAGGACUCUAGACACGGAAUGGCGCUGUUAAUUAUUUACUCUGUACAGAUUGGGUAGAUAAACAGAUUUCUGUGAGCUGUUUCGAAUCUUAAUGUAUUUAUUUUGAUAAAUGAAACUUCCGUCAGUAAAUAAAUAAUUUUGUUUAAAAGAUUUUACAAAAUAUAUUUUAAAUCUGUGGUAUUUGAAACGCGAAACGUGGAAGUGGCUGAAAGUUUGUUAAUAGUUAAGGGUGAGUUGCUCCAGUCAGCUUUGACAUUGACUUCAACCUGAUAUUUAGACAAAAUGGCGUAAUUUGGUUUUUUUGUGCAGGUUAAAGUUAACGUCAAAUACUCGUGCCACACACUCCAAGACACGUAAAAAAAAAAUUAUUUCACAGAUCAAUAAGUUUUGUUUGGGAGCUUGUCUUGCCUCUUUGAGAAUUUCCAAUUUUACAAAAUUAAUUAAUUAAUCUGUUUUAAACGACAAAUUGUUAAUUACAUUUUCCGUACUAGUAAAUACGAAAAUUUCAUUGAAUUUGUAACGUUUAAUAAAACAGGAAAAUACAUUUAAAAUCAGUACAUACACUUGUUUGCUUCAUUGUAAACGCUACUGGAAUCGAGUACACGAGUAGGGAAAAGUAGGUCGGCUUGAAAAUUCACACGGCACGCUGCACCUGCACUUUUCUUUGUCGAUACUUGAGCAAAUACUUAGCACACUUUUUUCGUGACAACGAGUUAUUUACUUUAAUUUCUUUGCUCAGGUUAAAAACAUACAUACUUAAAGUAAGUUUGAGACUUGUGUUAUGCAUAACGUCUACCAUACGACGCGGUGCAAAUGCGAUGGGCAAACAAUUUGUUUAUCUAAUUGUCUCGAUUCUGCGCGAUCGACUGGCUAACUUAACGCUACUACAUUUUAUAACUUACAUGUAUAAACAUACAAGUCCCAGUAAUAAAGUCAGGUCAAUCUGAAAAAGGUCAUUUUCUAUGUUGACCUGACUGGGUUUCGAAACCGGGAUCUCCAGUUGACCAUUAGUCUACAAAUGUCGUAGGGUAAAUACUCGUAGUCCUUCAAAGUUCAAACGACACUGCUGCUUCUUUGAUUGAACAUUUUUCAUUUGGAGUUUCACUUGAACAAGUUAUAUAACUACACCCUUGGGUUCUUUACAGAGAUGGGUUUGCGCCGAGCUGAAACAUUUAUACGUCCAAUUUACGUCCAGAUGCAAAGAAAUCUUAUAAAUUGAUACUAAUAUCAAUUACGCUUUGGUGUAAACCCAUCACAAACGUUAUGAAUUCCUCAUGAGAAAUAAAAUAAAUAAUAAAUAAUAUAGGAAAAGAAUGUAAACAUGUGAAAUCGAGAGGUUACAAUUUACGAAUCUAUUAAGACAAAAUUAUAAAUAUAUAUAUUGGGACACCUCACACAGAUGGGAGCUAGCCCCAAAGUAAGUUCGAGACUUGUAUUAUGGGAUCUAUACUGGAUUAUAUAUUUCAAUGGAUAAAAAUUUUAUCGCGCAAGUAAUUUUCGCUUAAAAUAUUCAAAUUUGCACAUAAUUUUAUAUUUCGUGAUAGUUUCAUAAUUAGGGAUUACUGCAAGCUGUACAUAUAUCUUUUUUAAACCACCACAUUCCAAAAGAUAAAUGUUUUAAAACAUGACUGAUAGAAAACCAUUUCUUGGCUCCAGCUAGGAGCCAAGAAAUGGUGGAUUUUGAAAUGUAGGAUGAAACUUCAAACCGUUGCGAGUUGACUGGCGGGAAGUUACAUCACUUACUACAAAAGUUUCGCUCGUUGCGGAUCAUUUUGCAAAUUGUUCAAAUUCCGAAGUGACCGAGAAUUGUGCUUACCUUUACAUAAUGCUUCUUGUUUUAGUCAAGUAAAACGAUAUGGUUGUUACCUAUGGUUGUUAAAUGUAUUUACAUAACGAAAUCCAACAAUCAAAUGUCACUUUAAUUGAUCCAUUUUAUCAUGUGCGUGUGGUCUGAGGGCCCACUUCUUAAAAUUCUAUGAAAGAUUUUGUAUUUUUUAGUUCUCAAAGUAUAAUUAAAACAAUUUUUGACUCCAAGAUUUGUGUCAUCGCUUGUCCCCACUUGUAUCAUAUAAACAUCAUGUGUUUCUUCGAACUUCAGGUGAGAAUAUAAUUCUAUUAUAUUAUAAUUAAUUCGAAAAAGAAGUUUGUGGGAAGAAGGUUCCUGAUUUGUCACAGAUUCAAAUCUAGAUUUAUUAUUUCAGAAUAUUAUUUUCAACGGUGCCUUUCUGUUGUCUUGGUAGUUGAAGAAACCUAUUUAGAAGUUAUAAUAAUGUUGCGAAAUAAUUUAUGAUUGGUUGAAUGUUAGUGUUAUAUAUUUAGAUUUAUUUUAUCAUAUAGAGGAAAGUUAUACUUUGUCGUGUUGACUCUCUUGACGUUAAACUUAUGGAUUAAACGAAACAUUAAAUAGUACAAAAUUAAGUACAUAAUUUUAUUAAGAACUCGUGCAGUAAACAACACAUCAAUCUACCCAAAUUAGUUGCAAACUAGCUCCUAUUACAACGGCAUAAAAAUCCAUGCGGAGUAACUUGGCACGCGGUCGACUGUACAGACUAUAAUUUAAAUAUUCAUAUGCGAUAUAUAAAAGUUUGAUGUACUGUUGACUGUACUUUUAUGUAUAAAAUCUUCUAUUUACUCUUGACUCACAUCAAAUUCGUAUAUAUUUACUGAAUAAAAUAAUAAAGUUACCUAUUUGUGAAAUACUGUUCUAAAAAUUCUAUGAAAUAUAUUAUAUUAUGUUAAUAUGAAAAGACCAAAGAGAUUCAACCUUAUAAAUACGAAUCUGAGCUUGUCCGCUAAAACAAUUUUGAUGAAAUUUGUUCUACAUAUAGUUGAAUAUCCGAUUUCAUACACAAGCUACAUUUUUUUUCUAAAAUCUACUCUUAGUGACUAUAAAUGGUGACAGACAGAUUAUAUGACAAACGUACCAGAUUCAUUUUGCCGCGGGCAGAAAUAACUCAAUCGACCGCGAUGUACUAUAUGACAUGUCUAUGAAAAAUUGCAUCUGCUGUAUUUUUAGGACAAUUUUAUAAUGUCUUUGCGCGAAUUAAAAUGUGUUCUAUUCAUUUAUUAUUGGAUUCAAAUUCUGUAUCAGAUACACAAUUAACGAAUGUGAAAUUCAAUUACAUGUUUUAUUCGAUUUGAUGAUUAAUUGAUUUUAUGUAAAUAUGCAUGAGUGAGCAAAAGUACUUCAGUGUCCUGUCUCUAAUUGCACUAAUAACUUCAGUUGUAAUUGAACCUCUUUACGUUCCUUAUUUACAGAUUCGGUCACAAUAUUCGAAAGUUGUUGUUUUGACAACGAAACGCUUACAGUUGAGUUUUUGCAAGAGAAUCUGAUCUAUGCGGUACUGGAACAAUUAACUAAUAGAGGAACGAUCGAGUUUCAAUCGACGUGGUGAAAUAAUUCAAAAUAUCGCGUCUGGGUGAAUUUUACGACCGUUUGAACGCGGCGUAUAGGGUUUCAUUAGUGUCCCAAAUUAUUCUGAAUAAAUAAUCAAUUAUUUUAAAUUAAACUUUUAUAACAUUAACAUUGUACCAGUAUUUUACUUAUUUAUAAAAUUGAAUAAUUAAAUUGAUUACUGUGUAUGGUACAAUUUCAUAAACACAAAUAGGAGCCCGCGGCGGAGUUCACAACGCUCGUGAAAUUCAACCGUCAAGGCGCGUUCGUUACAUCGCUCGCUCGGUAUACGAUUUCUGUCAUCCGUUCACUGGGACAUAUGAAAUGUACGGUUAGCUACAAAAUAAUGACAAAGGGCAAGUCAUUUCAAUCUGUCUAAUAAAUUUGAAUGUUGUCGUGUGAUUAUAAAGCCCACUUCUAUAUAUAUCUUUCAGAUUUAUGUGGAAAAGACAGUCAACAUGGCCUAGUAGGUACAAUAAUUUCUAAACGACUGAAGGCGCGCCUAUCCAAUCAAGUUAGAUCGUAUUUUAAGUAUAAAAUAAAUGUAUCAGUGUACAGCUAAAUUUUUAUGUGGUACAUCGAUUUAAUAAAGUAUAAAUGCACAUUGGA